UUAAGGCGCUUCAAAAUGUUCAUUUACAAGUUUAUGGGGGGUAUCGUGGAGACCAUCACUGGAGGUGACGAAGAGGCAUCGUAUGAUCCUCACCUGCAUCGGAAAAUUGAGAAACCUACCUCGUACUCGGAGACGAUGAUUCACUUGCUGAAGGGCAGCAUCGGCGCCGGCAUCCUGGCCAUGCCCGAGGCGGUGCGUCGCGUCGGUAUAUUCGCCAGCAUCGCAGGCCUGCUGCUAGUCGGGUUCUUCGCCUCCUACUGUCUACAGCUUCUCAUUGUUGCCCAGUACGAGCUAUGCAAGCGCUGGCGGCGCGGCUACAUGGCGUACCCCAAGUCCAUGCGGCUGGCCUUGCAGGACGGGCCGCAUUGCCUCCGCUGGUCCUCUGGGCUGCUCUACUACUUUGUGGACGUGGUCUUGAUACUGUGGCAGCUCGGGAUCUGUGUUAUAUAUCCUGUUUUCGUCGCUGAAAAUAUUAAGCAGGUAUGUGAUUCUUACAAUCUGGAGCUGGGGCUACGCACCCACCUUUGCUGUAUCCUGGGGCCGCUCAUUAUCGUGAGCAUGGUAAAAGACCUCAAAGUGAUGACGCCAUUCUCAUCUGUUUCCAACGUGAUCACUAUCCUGGGUCUGAUAUUGGUGUUUUUCUACAUGAUUGAAGAAGAUCUAUCAUUCGAGAAAGAGAAGAUGGAAGUCAAGAGCUAUGCAGAUAUCCCUGUGUUUGUUGGAGUCACACUGUUCGCGCUGGAGGCUGUGGGAGUGGUUCUAGCCCUCGAGUACAACAUGGAGAACCCUAAGCACUUCUGUGGAAUAUUCGGUUUGUUCAACAUCGGUAUGAUGAUUAUUAUAGCUCUGUAUCUAAUGGUUGGCGUCUUUGGCUACGUUAAGUAUGGAGAUGAAAUCAAAGCUUCUAUAACUCUCAAUUUACCGCAGAACGAAAAGAAAGCUCAAGCAGCGAAACUAAUAUUCGCGUUAUCAAUUUUCCUUUCAUUUCCGCUACAAAAUUUUGUUGCAUACAAUAUAAUAUGGCGAAGACUUAAGAAGAAAAUUACCGGCAAAAAAAAAUGCCCCAUAGACUACGCUCUCAGGAUCCUUCUGGUUCUUGUCCCUUGGGCCCUGGCGAUCGCCGUGCCGCAGCUCGGCCCGUUCAUAUCCUUGUUCGGAGCGCUGUGCCUGUCGCUGCUCGCCGUCGUGUUCCCGGGCCUGAUAGACGUCUGCAUCUGGUACCCCGACCGCUACGGCCUCUGCUACUACAAGCUGCUGCGAGAUGUUUUCAUCAUUAUAGCUGGCCUUGUCUGUCUCGUCUCUGGUAGCUACUCCAGCAUGAUCGAGAUUGUCAAUAACAUGAAGUAACGAGCCGAACACCACGAGAAACCUAACUAAUAUAUAUUCAAAAAACAUGUUUAUUUUUACUUUAAUACUCAAUAAAUUGUAUUAUGAUUUGGUGUUGAAAGACAAAGAAUGCGUUUACAGCAGUUUGUACCGGCUGUGCCGACCAUUAGCGGCGUUGACAGCCGGCA